ACAGAAUGAUACAGAUAUGUUACAUUACGAUAUGUUAUGAUACGAUAAUCCUUUAGUAGUUCCACACCAGGGAAAUACACCGUGUUUCAAGGGGGACAGUUAAGAAAAAAUAGACAUUGGUAAAAUGGUAACAAGUAAAUAUGCAAUAGUUAAAAAAUUCAAGGAAAUAUAGAAAUAUAGAUAAUAUAAAUGGAAUAGAACUAAUGUAUACAAUGUAAACAGAAUAUAUACAGUGUUGGGAUAUAUACAGUGUAACUGAUUACAUAUAAGAUAUAAAAUAGCACAGAGAGGAAUACAUUUUUCAGAGUUAAGUGAGUUAAACCCGAUAAGAUAAGAUAAUCCUUUAUAAAUCCCGCAGUAGGGAAAAUGUCUGUGUUGCAUCAGCAAUAAGGACACUCCAAAAUACACAUCAGUAGAAGUCAUAUGUAAACAUACAAUAUAAACGCAAGAAAGAAUAAAAGUAUGGAACGGAAAUAAUAUAUACACUCUCAACAGAAUAUACAUACAUUGCGUAGAGUACAGAAAUGUCAGUUUGAGGUAUAUUUAAGCUAAGAGGUGGUGGCAUCAAUACAUGAUUCAGCUUAAUAAGAAAUUGUUCCUCCCAGUUUCAUUUCAUCUGCUCAUGUGCUCAGGAAACCACCAGCGAAACUUCAGUCUCCUCUUCAAAACUAUUACUCAAGUUUAGUCAUAUACUGGUUAUAAACUGGGAAGGAGGCUUGUUUUCUCAAAUCAAAUGCCCCCGACCUCCUGAAAUGACCUCCUGUAGUAGAAUUCUUUAAGGUGGACGGCUUAAAACAGGUGGCCUCACAUGGAUUGAGUUAAACCCGUAAGAUGGAGGAAGCUGGACACAGAGGACGGAGGAAUAAACAUGCUCCUGUGGGCACAAUACUGCUCCUCAUGUUCAUGAUCGUUCCCGCAUAUUUUCAACCUUCGGGGGACAGGUGUCCCGCUGAAGACUACCGCUCUAAAAAAGGAAUUUGUUGCAACAAAUGUUUUCCAGGUUAUAAGCUUGUAGAGGAGUGUAAUGUUACGGGUCACAGAAGUAAUUGUGCUCCAUGUCCGUAUGGACAAUUCAUGGAUAAGAUUAAUUACUCCCCCAAUUGCAGAGCGUGCAGUGUCUGUAAAGGCACAAGGAAUGAAAAUACUCUAAAAGAAUGUGCAAGAGACCAAAACACUAGUUGUCAAUGUAAUGACGGUUAUUACAGAUUUUACAUCGACUCAGUAGCGUACGAGUGUCUCAAAUGUGCACCAUGUGGACCUGGUGAAACGGAAAAGCAAAACUGCACAAAGCUGACAAACACAGUCUGUGAGUGUAAGGACAACUACUACAGAGUCAAAAGAAAGUGUGAACUCUGCAAGAGUUGUAGCAGUGAGUGCCAACAUCUCUGUUCACGCCCUAGUGUGAAGCCAAAACGUGAGCAUAUGACAAAUGAAUCUAACGACACAGGAGUGGAAUUUUUCCUAUACAUAAUUGCUGGAGUUGUUGCUUUGGCUGUUGUGUUGCUGGUGCUGGUCGCUCUCAUCACUCACGUGGUCACCAAACGCUCCAUUGAGAAGAAGUGGGAACAGCCGUCCUCCCAAGCGACUGAUGAGUCUCUGGAGCCGUACGAGGUGGUCCUGCUCAGUAGUGAAGGAUCCUCAGUUAACAGCGACGUCGAGGUCACUCCCAGUAGCCCUGUUGGGAGUGAACAGCUUCCGCCCAAUCUGCCUGACUGUGUCCCCCUGGAAAUCGAGACCUCUGACCUGAUCUACUCAGUGUUGGAUCUAGUUUCGGCGCUGCAGGUGAAGCAGCUGGUGCGUACUCUAGGUGUGAGGGAUACAGAGAUCGAACAGGCAGAGCUGGAUCACCGGCCCUGCAGGGAGGCUCACUACCAGAUGCUGCGGCUGUGGGCUGAGAGAGUGUCUCGUGCAAAUGGAGGGGGACAAAGGGGAACGCUGCACUGGCCUUUGUUGCAGGAGUUGUUGGACAAACUGAGGGCGAUGCGCCUGGGAGGGGUGGCCGAGGAGCUGGAGACAAAGUUCAGCAUUCAGUAAUUCACAGACGCUAACAAAAGCUUAUGGAACCAAGUAUUGUUCUCCUCGGGGACAGCCUCACGGACAGCCUCAAAGCAGCAGUUUUACUUCAAAGGCAAACCAGCAUCACUGAGGGAUCUACCUCUUGUUCCCAUCACCCACUGAGAAGACAAGACCAAACUACUGAGAGGGACUGAUGGAAGCGUUCAGGGAGGGGGAGCUACUGAAUAUAGGAUUUGUCCGCUGAUAAACUCUGCUCAACCAUUUGUGAUGAACUUCCAGCAAUGCAUGUGUAUGUGUACUUAUGUGUUUUUCAAGUUGAAAGAAUACACAUUUUGGGUAAUGGGCUUAUUUUUCCAAGUGUUAGUUGAGAAGAAUGACACCACUUCCAAAUGUGAACCUUCUCUUGCUUUUCUUAUCGAACUCAUCCAGUCAGAGAGCAAAUAUAUAAUGUAAUUACAGAAUAUAGUAUUAUAAGUGCCUAUGUAGAGUUUUUAUACUCGGUGUCUAAGAUGUGGUGUUGUAUUAGUAUCACUGCAGUGAAUGUCUUUGGAGAUAUAAGGGAAUAAUAGUUUUCAGGAUUUCAUACUAGACUAGUGACUUGUACAGAUGCUCUCAAUAAUGUAAUUUGUACCGAAUGAUAUUUUUUCAUGUGGCUUUAUCAACUUUUUAUUGAACAGCAGACCAUAAUACUAUUAUCUGCCAUUUGAGGAGUUGGCCAAUUAGGUCACUCCAUUUAUGCCAAAAGUCACUUUUGCAAGGGGACAAGGUGCCGAAAGCUUAGGAAGCUAUUUACCACAAGUCCUGUCCCUCCCCUCUGUCCAGGGGCAGAUCCAUUGGGGAGGCCAGGUCAAAUCAGAUUUUUUUUUAAGUAGCACUCACAAUAAAGUUAUUGUUGCUACCCUUUUUUUAUUUUCUAAGCUUCUUUGAUGCAUUGAUGUGUGGCUUUGCUCUAAGCUAUAGUGCAAACUGUAAACAAGGAAUGACCUAAAUUUGCACCUUACUGAAUCAGGACCUGUGCAACGAUGUUGGACAUAAAAUUACAAGUAGUACACAUUUUAAUGGUGACUAUUUACCCUGUACCAUGAUGUUAACUGGUAAUGUUUUAGUUCCUGCUUAUAGUGGGUAAAAUAUAUCCCUCUGCUGCAUCUUACAGACGUUUCACAGUCCUAUUAUCAUUCUUUUAAGCCCCAUUAUACAAGCAUUAUUCGUGACUGUAGGACAGAACGGGACACACCUUGUCUCAGCCUGUCUCAGCCAAGCAACUUUUAUAGGACAAGUUCCAGCCUGCAGAUUCUGAUAUGAAUCAGUCAUGCUCUGUCGGAUUAGAGACUUGUCAUUCCAAAGCACUUUUGUAUUUCACUUUAUGAGACGGAAACAUGUAUCAAUGUAGAGCAGCAGUCACGAUCGUUCAAUGUUAAAAUCUGAUCUCUGAAUAAAUGUAUCUUUUUGA